AUACACAUAGCUCACUGUAACCAAUCUAGAGUUCUAGCCAUGGCUGCAUCUUUCUCCGUCCCUUCAGCGAUCAUGGAGGAAGAAGGGAGAUUCGAAUCAGAAGUAUCAGAGGUGCAAGCGUGGUGGAACUCGGAACGAUUCAAGCUCACUCGCAGGCCAUACUCGGCCAGAGACGUGGUGGCACUGCGGGGCAACCUGAGGCAGAGCUACGCCUCCAACGAACUGGCCAAGAAGCUGUGGAGGACCCUCAAGACCCACCAAGCCAACGGCACCGCCUCCAGGACCUUUGGCGCUCUAGACCCCGUCCAAGUGACAAUGAUGGCCAAGCACCUGGACACCAUCUAUGUCUCCGGCUGGCAGUGCUCCUCCACCCACACCUCCACCAACGAGCCCGGCCCCGACCUCGCCGACUACCCCUACGACACCGUCCCAAACAAGGUUGAGCACCUUUUCUUCGCCCAGCAAUACCAUGACCGCAAGCAGAGGGAGGCUCGGAUGAGCAUGAGCCGCGAGGAGAGGGCCAGGACCCCCUUCAUUGAUUACCUGAAGCCUAUCAUCGCCGACGGUGACACCGGGUUUGGCGGAGCCACUGCCACUGUCAAGCUCUGCAAGCUCUUUGUGGAGCGUGGUGCCGCCGGGGUCCACAUUGAAGACCAGUCCUCCGUGACCAAGAAGUGCGGCCACAUGGCCGGAAAAGUCCUCGUGGCGGUGAAUGAACACAUCAACAGGCUCGUGGCUGCGAGGCUCCAGUUCGAUGUGAUGGGCACUGAGACUGUUCUCGUGGCCCGAACUGACGCUGUCGCGGCCACUCUUAUCCAGACGAAUGUGGACACUAGGGACCACCAAUUCAUUUUGGGCUGCACCAACCCCAACCUCAAAGGCAAGAGCUUGGCAACUGCUCUUCAAGAGGCGAUGGCUGCAGGGAAAACAGGACCUGAGCUUCAAGCCUUGGAGGACAACUGGCUGGCCCUGGCACAACUGAAAACUUUUUCGGAUUGUGUCACCGAUGGAAUUAACGGAUUGAAUAUAAGCGAGGCCGAAAAGAGGAGGAGAUUGAAUGAGUGGGCGAAUUACUCGAGCUUCGAAAGUGGCAGGGAGAUAGCCGAGAGACUUGGCCUUCACAAUCUGUUCUGGGACUGGGACUUGCCAAGGACUAGAGAAGGGUUCUAUAGGUUCAAGGGCUCAGUAAACGCAGCAAUUGUCCGUGGCUGGGCUUUUGCUCCCCACGCCGAUGUUAUCUGGAUGGAAACUUCAAGCCCUGACCUGGUCGAGUGCACGAAAUUCGCUGAAGGGGUGAAAUCAAUGCGCCCCGAGAUCAUGUUGGCGUACAAUCUCUCCCCGUCUUUCAAUUGGGACGCAUCGGGGAUGACUAACGAGCAGAUGAGGGAUUUCAUCCCUAGGAUUGCUAGGUUGGGUUAUUGCUGGCAGUUCAUUACUCUUGCCGGCUUUCAUGCAGACGCACUUAUUAUUGACACAUUUGCUAAGGACUUUGCUAGAAGGGGAAUGCUGGCUUAUGUGGAGAGGAUUCAAAGAGAGGAGAGAAACAACGGGGUUGACACACUGGCGCAUCAGAAGUGGUCCGGUGCCAAUUAUUAUGACAGGGUUUUAAGGACUGUCCAGGGUGGUAUCACUUCUACCGCUGCCAUGGGAAAAGGC